GACAAAAAACAAACAAAAUUUAGAGCUAGGUAGCAACUUAUAAUUUUAGCUUAGCUCUUCAUAUUUUUCUCCUUUUCUUCGGUCUAUCCUAUUUUCUUCAGAUAUGUCUAUGGCGUUAGCCAAAGAGCAUAUUAUGAAUGACACAAAAAUGGGCUUAGUUGAUAAUUAUGAAUAUUAUGAAGGUGAAUUUGGAAUGAAUGAUCAUUCCUCUCCAGAGCUAUAUCAUGGGAUAAAUGAAGAAACUCCAAAAUCAGUUUUUGAAGAGAGUGAAAAUCCAGAGAAAACAAGUCCAAAUAUAGCCAAAAAUUUUGCUAUAAGCAGUUCUUCUUCACUAUCCAGUCCCAGCAGUUCCAAUUCCAAUGGCCAUUCUGUUAUUAGCUUCAAAGGAGGGUAUGGUGGUAAUUUUAUGCAUUCAGCAAAUGGUUCUUUGCUUAGCUUUGAGCAAAGUGAAAGAUUUUGUCCAAAUCCAAGAAUGAAUAGUAAUAAAGUGGAGUGCUCAGUUUGGGAAGAUAAUAAUUUGCGGUACAAUAAUACUAAUAAUUAUCAGAAUUCCCUUACUUCUAAGGGUAGCAGCAACACUAGUCCUCGAGUAUUGAUUAAUGAGAAUUCCAAGAAUAUUCAACGAGCCAAUAGCUAUGGGAAUAGUAAUGCGAUACCAUUUGGAUGGCUAAAUUCUGAAGCUAAUGCAACUGUUGAGGACUUAGAGAGAGAGGAAUCACGUUUCAAUAAGCGCCCUUGCAUGGAAGAGAGCAUGCAAACUAAUAAGAAGCAAUGCACUGCGGGUUCAAAGAAGGCGAAAUCAAAUACUUCUGUUGCUACAAAGGAUCCACAGAGCAUUGCAGCCAAGAAUCGUAGAGAACGGAUCAGUGAACGCCUUAAGAUAUUGCAAGAACUUGUUCCCAAUGGUUCCAAGGUUGAUUUGGUCACCAUGUUAGAGAAAGCAAUUAGUUACGUCAAAUUUCUUCAGGUGCAAGUGAAGGUGUUGGCAACAGAUGAAUUUUGGCCGACACAAGGUGGAAAAGCUCCAGAUAUUUCUCAAGUAAAAGAUGCCAUUGAUGCUAUCCUUGCGACUCAACGAGACAGAAACUCAAGCUCCAAGGGAUAGAACCUAAGAUUAAGGAGUAUUGGAUUUUUCCUUUUGUUAAUUACCAUGUAUUGGAAUUAAAAGAUUCCAAAAUAAGUCGUUGGGAAAAAGAAAAAAACAGCUCAUUGAAAAGAAGAAGUUUUCUUUUUUUGGAUCGUCUUCUUCAAUUUGUCAUGCUUUUUUUAAGUUCAGUCAUCAAUGUAAUAUAGGGAGUGAAAUUUAGGUUUAUGGAAAAAGCUGGCUAUUAUCAUUA